AUGAGCGGGAGUAUUAUCCCUUCCAUUCUUAAAAUACCUGAUGCGAUGCUAUUUAGUUUACCUAUGAACGCUAAAUACCCUCGUUCAGUUUCUUUUUCAAGUUCACACGUUGGAAUGUUAAUGGCAUACUCAUCAGGAAAUUUAAUUAUCGUUUUAUCAGGUGCAAAAUACAUAAAAGCUAUUCUUAGAGGCCACCAGCAUGAGAUUUGUACAUUAUCAUUCGAAAGGAAGAAUCUUCAUAUAGUUUCAUGUGAUGUAGAAGGUUUCAUUAUGUUUUGGCAUUACCAAGACUCCAUCUGGCAAAAUACAAGAACUAUUCAAGUAAAAAAUCCACUCACUGACAUUUCAUGGUGCGCUGCAAGACAAUUGAUAUGUUAUUCGAACGCAAACGGCUUAUUUUUAGGAAAUGUAGCCGACUUUGAUCAAAAUUCUACAAAAUUAGCUAAGAAAUCCGUCUUUUGUCAAUUUUUCGAAGAUGGCUCGAGAAUUGCUUCACAUUCUUACUCUAAAUCGCUCAUAGUUUUCACUCUACAAACUAAGAAAUUCAUUCCACAGGUUUUUAAGUAUACAGUUAACGUUACUCAAUUUGAAUUUCAUCCAACAGAGCCGAUGUUCAUGGUUAUUACUUCAGACGGAAAAUUACGUAUAUACUACCAAGAAUUCAACAAAAUUUUUACUUGUUCUACUAUUUUAUCUGUUCCAAUUCCAGGAAGAUUUGUCAGACCACCAGCUCUAUUCAAUUUCCACUCACAUUCAGAGAACUACUCAAAGAUAGUCUUUCUUACCAAAGAAGCUCAAAAAAUAAAGAUCACAAUCGAUAGAAAAGGUCGAAUUAUUACAGAAAACGCCCAAAGCGUCUUUUACCAUCUCCAAAACCAACCAGGUAUUGUAGCAAUGGGAUUGCGCUCUGCAUUCAAGACGAAUGAAGGCACAGAAGCAAUAACCGUGAAAUAUAACCGAAUUUCGGUUUAUUCGAACACCAAGAACUCAUUUUUAUUCCACAGAUCACCUGUUAUACAGAGUUCCUUUGCUCCGUUCUCAGAUAACUUCUUUACAAGGGAUGAAGAGAAAACUUUGAUUUUUUGGCCAUUUAACAAUCCAUAUUCAACAGCAAGGAAGGCAGCGACAAAUGUAGAAUACGCGAUUUGGCUCGACAAAGAAACAAUUGUUUUAUUGAGAGAAAACGCGUUUUCUAAGUUGAAAAUCACGGAUUUCAAAGAAAUUAAAAUUGAUUUCCCUGAAAUUUCAAACUGUUCUGCCUUUUUCAUCCAGAAUGAUGAGAUAUAUGCGAUUUGUGGCUCAAAAAUCAUAACAAAGACAGAGAAUUUCGAAAUUGGAAAUUAUAUUUUAUUUGAUUUCUCAAAAUCGUUCAAAACAAACUUUUUGUUUGUUGCAACGACAGAAGAUGACCAAGUGAAUUGCUUCUUAUUCCCUUCUUUCUCAAAACUCGAUGUAGAAAAGAGAGAAGGAAAAAUUGACAAAAUUUCGGUUUUUAGUUUGAACAGUUUUGUCAUUUUAUCAAAUCCAUAUAUUGAAAUAUGGAACUACAUUGAUUCCAAGUUCGAAAUGACCUUCAAAUUCGAGUUUGGUUCCAUGAAAGGUUUGUUUUGUGACACGAACAAAAUUGGUGGAAGAAUUUUCACUUUUGAUGACAAAAGAGUUUAUUUGAUUGAGAAUUCGAUCAUUCCGUUCUUAGAUAUGAAAGAUGUUACAUCUGUUGCUGUUAAUUUCUUAGGCCAUUUUGUUGCUAUUUCACAGACAUCGAUGUGUUUGUUUCCGUGUUGGAAUUCGAAGAUUUCGGAUAUAAUAAAGAAAAUCGAAUACUCGGAAAUAACAAAUAGAAAGGAUGUCACACUUAAUGUUGGUUAUAUGAAUGAAGACUCCCAUUUCCUGCUUGCUUUGGCAUCAAAGAUUUCCCACAACUUCAUGAUGUCACCAAUGAUUUCAAUCAAACCGUCAAACGAAAUGAAAAAACACGUUGAUACGACAUUUUCUCAUCUUUUGGAGUUUUCUUCCAUCGGUCAUUACGAUGAACUCAAUCCACAGCAAAUUCCCGCUAUUCCUGGCCAAUACACAACAAGUUCCGCAUUAAAUAUCAAAAGUAAAGUGACAGAUGAAGUCAAAAAAUUGAGUGAAAUUUCUUUGUCAUUUGUUAAUCAAGAUUUAGAUUUGUUUGGUCUGAGAUAUUUAACGAGUGUCAAGUCUUCUUCAUGGCCAUCGCCUUAUAUAGGUUUGUGGCUUUCUUUCUCUACAAAACAAUCAACUGUUUCUGACAUUUUACAAUCUACAAUAACCGUCAAUGAUUUGACAAAAUUUUUCCUUCCGAUAACAAUUGAAGAGCAAAAAACAUUGAUAAGUUUAUGCAGAAAAGCAUUGACAAAUACAUGGGCAGCGACCAAAAAGGUUGAUCCUGUUGCUUUGAUAUAUAUAGCGCUUGGAAAUACGAAGCAAAUCCAGAAAUUGUAUGAAUUACUUGGAGAUACGCAAAGAUCUGAUUUCUUUGGUAAAGAUUUUUCACAGGAAAAGUGGAGAAAAAGUGCUUUAAAGAAUGCUUAUUCGAGUCUCUCAAGACAGAACUUUCUAAUGGCUGCAGCUUUGUUUUUGGUCGCAAAUGACAUCACUUCAUGUUGUCAGAUUUGUGUUGACAAACUGAAUGAUCCAAUUUUGGCUUUCUUAGUUCUGAGAUUGGUCGAAAACGGAAUAAAUGGAAGUGAAAUGACCAAAUUCUUAAAAUCGGCUAAAUGGUCGGAUCCAACAAUUCCAAUAAUGAUCUCUAAAUUGAGAAAAAGUGACAGUAUUUCUGACAUGAUUUUGCCGCUUUUACUUGAAACGAAUAUCAACCAAAACUUGAGUUCCAUGGGCGACAGAAGAAUUUCUUUGUAUCAAUUUUAUCAUAGAUUGACAGGUGAUAUUUCACCUCUCAAAAAGAUUUGUUUCAAUUUAAUGAAUGACGGAUUAUAUCCUUUGGCAAAGUACUUGAUUUUAUUGCCUAAGAACAGACAAAUCCAGACAUCUGUUUCUCUGGAUAUAACUGAGAAAAUACAGUCCGAAAAUUCUUCAGGAGAAAAAUCAGAAAAUUCUGAAAAUUUUGAUGAUGUUUUCCAAAAAGUGACAAAGGUUGAAGUUGAAUCCGUUUCCAGUGAUGAAGAUUUUGAUUUCGGAUCUAAGAUGGUCGACGAUGAUUUCUCAGAUGAUUAUGAUGAUUACGAUGAAGAAGAAAAACCAAAAUCAGAACCAAAAGAAGAAGAAAUUGAAACAAAAGAAGAAAUUCCUGUGAAAACGAACAAUUUCGAAAUAAUUGAUGAGUUUGUCCAAUUCCAAAUUGACAAUCUGACAAAAUUCUUUGUUGAAAAACCGUCAACCGAUACAAACGAUACAAGUUUGUAUGCUUUACAAUUUGGAUUCAGGAAAAUUGCCUUUCCUUUGAUGAAUGACGCAAACAAAGAACUUAUGAAGCAUCAUUUAGCCAAUUUCAUUGAUUUCUGUGGUUCGAUGUUCAUCAAAUCAGCUCUUGUUCCUGCUUCUCCAUCAAAAAUAUUAAAUCUUUGCGAAGAAUUGUCUCUUUACAUUUCUGGUCAAAAAGUGACAUUUGAUUUAGACAAUAUACUUAAAAUGCAUGCAGAUAAGUAUGCAUAUGCCAUAUUCUUUGGUGCUGUUUGUGCUGCUUGUUGGUCAUUUGAACCACAAUUUUUGGAACAAUUGUUGUCUUUUAAAGUCAACAAAAAAGUUGAUAGUUCCAAUAUUUCUGAAUCGAAUUCUUUGUUUGAUGCAGACAUUGGCAGUCCAAGAUUCCCUGACACUAUUCCUUCUUUGGUUAUGUCUUUCCUUAGAGAUGAUUUCAGCCACUCAACAAAUAUCGAAUCAGCAAGAUUUGUUGUGAUGUUUUUGAUCUACAAAAAGAUGUUGAAUUUGACAUCGAAGUUUACAACAGAUGAACCAUUUUUACGUCUAUUAAAUGAUAGAUUUGAAUCACUCCAGAAGUCAUUGGAACUUUAUCAAAUCGCGCAAAUGGCUCCUUCAAAAUUGAAUCCAAAUUGUGAUCGUCACUUUUUGCAAAAUAUUCCAUUAUUUGACAUUGUCAAAGAUGAAUUUAUGUUGUCAACAAGACACUUUAACGAAGCCCACGAACGAGCGAAAUUGAAAAUCCCUUUGCCUGCAAUAUUUAGGAACUCAAAGUUGAUGUUGAAUAAUCCUUAUACAAUUAUGUCACCUUUUGAUCAGAUCACUUCACUUUGUUUGAAUCCUCAUGAUUCAGAUGUUGCUGCUAUCUCAGAUGGCAGUAAAAUUGCUGUUCUCCAUUUGAGCCAAUUGGGCACAAUCAUUGUUGAAGACAAACAAAAUUUGGCAGAAGUUUUUUAUUUAGUUCCUCAUCCUGUUUUCAACCAUUUUAUCGCGAUUUCAAGCGAAAAUGUUCUGCUGAUUGACUUCUCAGGAAAUGUCACAGAUAUAAAGAUAGAAGUCCCAUCGAAUGAUAGAAUAAGCGAUGCUUCUUUUUCACCUUACGGAGACAAACUUUCCAUUAUUUGUGGAGAAAAAAUUUUGUUUUACGUUUUUGACAUCGCUGAAAUUCAACUUACUCCUUUCAUUUCUCUCGAUUUGAAUGGGAAACCAACCUGUGUUGACUGGAUAUCGGAAGAUAUAGCUGUAGCAUCAAUCAAAGGUGAUUUGUUCGUAGUAAACACUGUGUCAGGAAAUUCUCAUUUGGUUGAAUUUAACAAUGAUUGGGGAGACAUCAGUUCAAUGGUUUAUUGCAAGGAAAAGAAGUCAAUAGUAAUAGGAACAGUCAAUGGAUACUGUGUAGUUGUUGAUGUUGGAGAAGUAUUUUCUCCUUCAUUCGUUAUGAGUUUGGGAAAUCCUGUGAUUUCUAUUUCUGGUUUCCAAGGAGUUUUUUGCGUAAUUUGCGAAGGUUGUAGAAUGAGUUUCUUCUCAACAUGGAAUUUGGGAACUGUGGAAACACUCAACACAAGCUUCGAAUGCAAUACAGCAUCAGUUAUGCAGUCUUUCGUAAUUGGAGGCGGAGAAUCAAAGAUGAUUUCCGUUUGGCAAGCAAUUUAA